UCCUCGGCCCGAGAAGGGAGGGGGGAGUGCGCCUCUUCGGGCACGCUCUCGUUCGGCCCUCGGCUCCAUUGUCAACCCUGUGGCAGACGCAGACGCUCAGCCGGGCGCGUCCAUCCGGGUCCUCGGCUCCCGGUUGCCCUGGCUGGUUGCUAUGGAGCCCCAAACCCGGAAGUUCGGGGAAACAGGCAGCCCAGCCGGAGCCUGAACCUGAGCCGCGCCGCCGCGGGUGAAAUGGUGGUUCCGCUGGCCGGGCCGGCACCUUUCCGUCAUGUCUCAGAGCCCCAGCGAGACCGCCACGGAGCGGGACCUGGCAGAGGACAGCCUUUCUGCAAUAACGUAUGAAUCUGACACAGAAACGAAACUGAAGAAGAAAACAUCUCGCAAGCCUCCAAAAUCACCAAUACUGGUGGAUUUUUCCCCCCUUGCCUCAGAAUCUCCAUACACCUCAAGCACAUGUCUCCAUUCUAAAAAGGCUGGAUUUUUGAGGACCUUUAAAGGCACAGACAGUCAGCACUUUGAAAUCCCCUUGGUUAAAUCAUCGAGGCAGGUCUGGCGUGGAUCUUUCAAACAAGGUGCCUGGAUGAGCCAGGUGAAAUCGGGCCUUGAUGUGGGUCCUGUACUGGCCACUCUCUCUGGCAGCACUCCAGAGUAUCUGAAGGAAGCCUUGGGCAUGAGGAAGCCAAAACACGCUCGCUCUGCCAGCAGUGGCUACAUCCCUGGAACUCCGGACUACAAAGAAAAGGAAGAUAUGUAUGAUGAGAUUAUUGAAUUAAAGAAGACAAUACAAGCCCAGAAAUGUGAAGCAGACCGGAUGAAAACCAAGCUUCGGCGACUGGAAGAGGAAAAUAACCGAAAGGAUAAACAGAUUGAACAGCUGCUGGAUCCGUCCAGGUGCUCUGAAUUUGGUUGGGUGCGGACAGAGCAGAAAAGUGAUACCAGCUUGAUGCUCAAUGGAUUGAAGCAGAAGAUCCUCAAACUGGAACAGCAAUGCAAGGAGAAAGACAACACUAUCAACAAACUCCAGACCGACGUGAAGAGCACUAAUGUGGAAGAAAUGAGAAUUUCCCUGCAGACCUAUUAUGAGGAGAUCCAGCGACUCCAAACCCUCCUGGCAAAAUCGAAGGCCGUGCAACGGAAAUACUAUAGAUAUCAGGUGAAAGAUCAAGAGGAGGAAGAAAAUAUUGAACGCUCUGAAGAAGAGGAGAGAGAGAGAGAGAAAGGUCUGUGCCAUCAGAGGAAGACUGGAGGACUGUGGAGCUCAAGGUCUCCCGAGAGCAAACAGCAGAAGGUGCUUAGCACUGCCGUCCUGCAGUUAUCCAGGAGCAUCAAAGAACUGCAAGAUGAGAAUCGGGAACUGAAAGCAGAUCUAGACCAUGCGCUGAGCGGCUCCCCUGCCUCCAGUAAAGCAAAGAAUUACACUGAGUGGAGCAGACAGAGACUGGUUCGGCGGAUUUCAAAGCUGGAAAAAAAAAUGGAUGAGAUGCAGAACAGCAGGCUGCAGCUUUCAGAGACUUACACGCCGCCAUUGGUUUUUGCACCGCUGGAUCAGUCAGUUGCUAAGGAAUGUGAUCUCCUAGAAGAAUGUGAGCGUCUCCGGAGAGUGGUGAACAAGCUGAAAGGCCAAAGGGUUGUCCUUCAGAAUCAGCUGGCUGUUAAAGAGGAAGAAAUCCAGAAGCUGACAGAAAAAGUGAGAAAACUGGAGGAAAAGCAAGAAGCAAAGUGUAGACUGGCUGGAAUUGGUGCCACAGAACCUCCCAGUCAGGGCCUGCAGAAAUUUCACUCUGGUCGUCAACAGUUGAAUCCAGUGUGCAUGCUAAACUUAAUGGGUUCAAAUUUGGAGGUUUCAUCUCCUUGCUGUCCUGAGCAUCACAGAAAGGAGCAAGCAGCUCAAGUCAUCCAAAGACAAUGGAAGACCUACAAAAGCCAGAAUCCACGUUUGUCCUUUGGGUCCAGCUCUUCACAAACAGCUGCUGAUUGCAAAGCAGAGGAAGAGGCUGUGAGGCUCAUCCAGUCUGUUUUCAGGGCUCACAUAAAACGCACACAGCUUGAGGAAAGGCCUCUGAACUUCAGUCCUGGAAGUGGGAGAACAAGCCCAGCUCCCUGCAGCAGAGAAAAGGAGCAAAUCUGGUCCCCAUUCAAAUGUUCACCUCUAGUUUUCACUUCAGCUGCUCAUGCCACGUCCACCCAUGAUCGGCUGCAACCCUCCCCCUCGCCACCUGCAGAGGAGGUUCAUUCAGACGACUCCGAUGACAUCAUCACAGUCUCUCCAUCACCGGUGAAGAAAACAUUGUCUCUUGAUUUCACCAGCCGUUUGUCACGUUCUGUCUUGCACUCCUAGCAUAAAAACAAGGAUACUUUAAUUUUGCUUGGUCAAGGGUGUGAUGCUGAACUUCGUUUUUCCACAAAGGAAAGAGAGAGAGAGAGCUCAAGAUGGGUAAAGCCACAUUUUAUUAGGUGGUUUUGAAGGGGGCUAGAAGCGAAUCCAUUUGCCCACAGUUCACAGGUACUGGCAAAUCUGCCCCUGCUGGUCCCAAUGGCGAGACUCAAACUUUUUGUGGUAUCCCACACCACCUCCAUGUAUUUCAGUUGCCUAUUCUUUUUCUCACUUCCCAAAAUUCAGUUUUUGUGCCCAAUAUACAUGGCAAUAUACAGCCGUGCUCAUUCACCUUGCAAGUGGAGCUCCACAGUAAAAGGUGGGAACACCUUCCUUGUAACAUGUAGUUGUGUCCUAAAACAAACAGUUCUGCCCAACCAACGUGUUGGCAGGAAAUACAGAAACUCCUGAACUUCUGGGCUUUGCACGGUUCUGAACCAAAAUGAGUCAGAGCCGAAUGCAUCAAAGACUUCAAAGCAGAAGAGUAUCUCCAGCAAAAGGGAGAUAAUUUGCUGAAAGCGAUAGAAGAUAAAGGGGUAACAGUUAUGUCUGGCUUUAAGUUUUUUGCUAAGUAAUAUUAAAUCAACAGAACAAGGCUCCAAUCUUUAUCUUCUGGCCCUCUCUUCAGACUGUCUCUCCCUUGCUAGAGAUGUGCCUUUAUCUCCAAACCGGUGGCAUAUUAACAACCAUACUUUACCAGCAUGGAUCCUUUUUCUUUUUAAAUAAAGUGCUCGUGUUGCCCUUCA